AUGGAGGCCGAGUCUCAAGCAGAGAACAUGAAUGAGGAACAAACCUACGAAUGGGAAAGCAUAACAACAGAGCUAAACAUCACAAAACCAGUGAAUGAGAUUCAAAUAUGUGACGUCCUAGGCAAGAGUCUCGACAAACUGGGAAAAUGGGAAGCAUUCUACGAAAUGUAUGCGAAACGGAUGGGUUUCGGCACAAGAAAAGAUGAUGUACGACGUUCUCACGGAGUCAUCGUAAUGCGCAGGUGGGUUUGUUGUUCCGAGGGUUACAAAAGAAUCACAAUAACGGAAACACAAAGAAAAAAGAGACCUCAUGAUGUCACUAGAACCGGAUGUCAGGCAGCAUUACGUAUUUUACUCACACAACCGUCUAACACUUGGAAAUGCAAAGAGUUCAGCACAAUACACAAUCACGACCUCGCUUCAUCAAGUGAGGUACAAUUUUUGAGAUCAUACCGAGUAGUGUCCGAUGGCUUGCUUGCCCAAGUUAGGUCGAUGAACUCAGUUGGAAUUAAAACUGCCAACAUAAUGUCUCAUGUUGCUUUGCAAAGUGGAGGUUACGAGAGAAUGCCAUGUCAACUUCGAGAUGUCUACAACAGGGUUGCUGGUGCCAAGCGAGAAGAAAAGAUAGAGACGGACUCGGAAGGAGCGUUGGGAUUUCUUGAUUGUCUCGCAGAGAGGGAUCCAAAUUUCUUCGUUGUAUAUCAGGUGGACGAGGAGAAUCGAUUGGCUAACUUAUUUUGGGCAGAUGGAAACUCACGUGUCGACUAUGUGGCUUUUGGGGAUGUACUAGGGUUUGAUACCACCUACAUGACAAAUGAGUACAAUAAGCCUCUCACUGUUCUCAUUGGCGUAAACCACCAUUUCAACACAUGCAUCUUCGGGUUCGCUCUACUCCUCCACGAGAAGCUUCCAUCCUAUCGUUGGCUACUUCAAAAAUUUCUCGAAUGCCAUGGAGAUAAGAAGCCAAAUGUUGUAGUUACUGACCAAGAUGUGGCCAUGAAACAGGCCAUCAUGGAACACAUGCCUGAUGUGACACACCGUCUAUGUGCUUGGCAUCUCAAUACAAAUGCUUCCAAAAAGGUUAAAGAUCCGAUCUUCUUGAAAAUAUUUAAAGAUCUAAUGUACAACUACUACGAGGAGGAGGAUUUCGAAGCAAGAUGGUUAGACGUCGUCGAAACCCAACAACUAACAGAUAAUGAAUGGUGCCAAACAACAUUCGACACAAGAAAACAAGGCGUAAACUUAUUUAAGGGGUUCAUUCGUUGCGUGAAUGAGAACCACACAACGUUGCGAAUCGAUCAACUCGGCCUAAAAAAAUUUUUAGAGAAGAAUUAUUGCUUGCGUGAGUUCGUAACAACCAUAGAUAUGACAGUCUCAAAGCUCAGACACAACGAGACUGCAAAUGACUUCAAAAGCAGAUGCAGUCGACCUCACCCCCCUAAUCCUACAUGCUUGGCCACGUACUACAACCAAUGUGCUGAAUUCUACACAAGAACUAUGUACCACAAGGUUGCUGAGCAGCUUGAUUUAGAGAAUAAUUAUUUUGUCAUAAGUGAGGAGCAAGAAGGAGAGUGGCAGAUAUACACCAUUGGAAAGUUUCAAAGAUCCGGAAGUCCGAUACCGAGUUCAUUACUGUGA